CAUCUUUCAUGGGGAUCAUUGUAUAAUAAUCAUAAUAAUAAUAUACACAUGACCAAAAAUAAAUGUUUCAACUAUCACUCUUUCAGUGAUGUAGAAAAGUUCCCUGUAUUUCUGCCCAUUUCUAUACAUAUGGUAUGUAUGUAAGUUUGUAUCGUUUUGUUUUCGCCUCUCAAGCAUUUCGUUCAAUUCAGCGUUUGUCAUAUAAUAUCCAUCAACACAUAUUAAACUACACUUUAUAAAGGGUUAUAAAACCAAAAUAUUGUAUAUUUAUGGAAGAAACUUUCGUUCCUUUUCGUGGAAUUACUAAUGAUCUCAGAGGAAGAUUAUUGUGCUACAAGCAAGAUUGGACUAGUGGCAUCCGGGCUGGUAUCAGGAUUCUAGCUCCAACAACAUAUAUAUUCUUUGCAUCAGCAAUUCCGGUUAUAUCUUUUGGAGAGCAACUAGAAAGAGAUACUGAGGGAAGUCUAACCGCGGUGCAAACUCUAGCCUCAACGGCACUAUGUGGUAUCAUCCACUCUAUAGUUGGAGGGCAGCCACUUCUUAUAUUAGGUGUUGCCGAACCAACUGUGUUAAUGUACACUUUUAUGUUUAAGUUUGCGAAAGAUCAAAAGGACAUAGGGAAACCUCUUUUCUUAGCCUGGACUGGAUGGGUCUGUGUUUGGACGGCAUUUCUGCUGGUUUUGCUGUCUAUUUUGGGCGCCUGCUCUAUCAUCAAUAGAUUCACACGUAUAGCUGGUGAAUUAUUCGGUCUUCUAAUUGCAAUGCUCUUCAUGCAGCAAGCUAUCAAAGGAGUCGUAGAGGAGUUUGGUACACCCAAAAGUCAAAAUCCCAAUGAGACUGCAUUUCAACCAUCAUGGCGUUUUGCAAAUGGAAUGUUUGCACUUGUUCUGUCCUUUGGCCUUCUCCUUACCUCUUUAAAAAGCCGUAAAGCAAGGUCUUGGCGUUAUGGAACAGGGUGGCUAAGGGGAUUUAUUGCUGAUUAUGGUGUCCCUCUUAUGGUGGUUGUUUGGACCGGUGUCUCAUACAUACCAACUAAAAGUGUCCCAGAAGGGUUACCGAGGCGUCUUUACAGUCCGAAUCCAUGGUCUCCUGGUGCUUAUACAAACUGGACUGUUGCAAAGGAUAUGUUAAACGUCCCACUUGUCUAUAUUAUUGGAGCGGUUGUUCCAGCUACCAUGAUUGCGGUGCUUUAUUAUUUUGACCACAGUGUCGCAUCUCAACUUGCACAACAAAAUGAGUUCAAUUUAAAGAAACCACCUUCAUAUCAUUAUGACCUUCUUCUUUUAGGUUUUUUAACGUUACUAUGUGGACUAAUUGGCAUUCCUCCAGCCAAUGGAGUUAUUCCACAAUCUCCUAUGCACACAAAGAGUUUAGCCACCCUGAAACAUCAGCUACUACGAAAUAAACUUGUAUCUACAGCUCGGAAAAGCAUACGUGAAAACUCAAACUUGGGAGAACUAUAUCGGAAUAUGCAACAUGCAUACAAUGAAAUGCAGACUCCGCUUGUUUAUCAGAAUCCAUCAUCUAUGGGACUCAAAGAGUUAAAGGAAUCAACAAUACAACAAGCCUCUAGUGGUGGCUAUAUUGAUGCACCUGUUGAUGAAACUGUGUUUGACGUGAACAAGGAUGUUGAUGAUUUAUUGAACGUUGAAGUGAAGGAGCAACGUUUGAGCAAUUUGCUACAAGCAUUAAUGGUUGGUGGUUGUGUUGCUGCCAUGCCAGUUCUUAAGAAGAUCCCCACUUCUGUUCUUUGGGGCUACUUCGCUUUUAUGGCGAUUGAAAGCUUGCCUGGUAAUCAGUUUUGGGAGCGGAUAUUAUUACUUUUCACUGCUCCAAGUCGAAGAUACAAGGUCUUGGAAGAAAAUCAUGCUACCUUUGUUGAAACUGUGCCUUUUAAGACAGUUGCCUUUUUCACGUUGUUUCAAACGGUUUACUUGCUUGCUUGUUUUGGCAUAACCUGGAUCCCCAUUGCUGGUGUUCUUUUCCCACUCUUGAUCAUGCUGCUUGUUCCUGCACGGCAGUAUAUGCUUCCCAAACUUUUUAAAGGUGCUCAUCUUCAAGACUUGGAUGCUGCCGAAUACGAAGAAGCUCCUGCCACAUCAUACAAUAUGGCCUUUGGUGAAGAAGAUGUUCAUUCGAGAACAUCCCAAGUUGAUAGCGGGGAAGUUCUUGAUGGAAUUAUAACAAGAAGCCGAGGAGAGAUCCGCCAUACAAGCAGUCCAAAAAUAACAAGUUCAACCCAAACUCCACGAGAAAUGCAGCCCUCAUAUAGUCCACGUUUGUCUCAACGUUCUUAUAGCCCACGUUUGCACGAGUUAAGGAUCGAUAAAAGCCCGAGAUCUCCUGGAAAAGGGCUAGAAAUCAAGCAAACUCCAAGCCCUGGUCCAUCAAAUCUUGGUGAAACCAGCAAAGGUUCUUCCUCCUAAAACUUUUACCAUGUGAAUGAUGCUUGAGAGGUUUCUUUCUUGCUUUGUGAUUUAAGGGUAAUUUUAUGCUUUUUAUGUUUCAUUUGUAAUAUUCUGUCAGCUGUUGAGUUUGUUUCUAUCAUGUUUGCAUUCUGUUGUAUGUGUGUAUAGUAUGGGCAGAAAACAACUAAUCAAAUUUAUUAUAAAUAAAUGGUUUUCUUAACUAGUUCA